AUGACUUCCACCUUGCGUUUGGAUGAAAUAGGGCUCACUGGUGGAAACGGCGUCGUUUGGCACUUCAGGGACGAAUUUGUCCACUACAAUAAGGUACCAAUCCACCUCAGCAACCGUAACGACCACGUCAUUCACUGCCCCUCCAUGUCAGCUGGUGGCUACAUUCACAUACAGGACUGGUUGAACCAUGGCGGAGAUUUGUUCAACAGAAGAUAUGCCAACAAAGAAGAUAAGAUAAGUCCUAAAACAGCAUCAAAACUAAGUUUGAAGUGGAAAUUCUAUGCAGGAAAAGAUAUAUCAGCAACACCAGCAAUAUAUGAUGAUACAAUUUAUUUUCCAUGUUGGAAUGGUAACAUAUAUGCAGUGAAAAAAGAUGAUGGAAAACUUGUUUGGAAGCAAAACUUGAAUGAAUUGACAGGUUUGAAAGCAACUGGCUUUGUCAUGAAUGUGAAUACCACAGUGUCAAGAUCAACUCCUACAAUAGCUGGUAAUGGUUUAUUGAUAGUUGGAGUGUUUGGCCCUGCUAUUGUUCUUGGUCUAAACAGAAAAAAUGGUAAGCUUGUGUGGUUAACCUAUUUGGAUCAUCAUCCUGCGGCACUUAUCACCAUGUCUGGAACAUAUUACAAAGGGUUAGUAUAUAAAUGCUGCAUAUUUCGAGGAAGCAUGGUGAAACUGAAUGCCUUCUCUGGUAAAAUCAUAUGGCAAACCUAUAUGUUGCCGGAUAACAAUGGCGAGUUAGGAGGGUAUGCUGGAGCAGCCAUAUGGGGGAGCAGCCCCUCCAUUGAUGCUCAAAGAAACAAUGUCUACAUUGCCACCGGGAACCUCUACUCUGCGCCGGCACGAAUACUUGAGUGCCAAGAAAGGCAGGAUCAAAUGGGACCGGCAGCUAGGAGGGUAUGA